CUAAAUCCCAGAGGAGGAGGAUUCUAACAUUCGGGCUCUCUGGUUAGUGCUGAUUUGCUGAAACAAUAAAGAAACGGCCGUAUGAAGGAAGAAAAAAAUAUAUUAAGUUAAAUUUAAGGAUGAGCUCCCCUUGCCAAAGGUCAAAGACAAGAAGAUCAACAGCCCGGAGGCACACUCUCUCUGGUUAAGAAAUACUUCACAUAAGACAUGGCAGGUACAGGUUUAAGGAUGCGUGCACUGUUCCUGCUGCUGGGUUUGUCACAGAUUUGCACUGCAGAUCAUCAUCAUCAUGUGUCCGUGUACACGGUCACGUCUUACAGUGUGACCAUGCAGUGGCCAGCGUACCCCGGCGCCAGCCACUACAGGGUCCAGGCCACGCCCCAGCUCAAUCCGGGACAUUCUACCGCCUUUUCCACGUUCAACGGCAACAUGGCUGUCGGAGGCCUCAACACCCUGUCCGCCAACACGGUAUACACCAUGCAGGUCGAUGCGAUGGACGAUGAGCUCAACGUCCUCAGCACCAUCGGGACGGAGGAGGCGCUCACAGCUCCUGAGGUGCCAGAGAUCACACUGGCCUACUCAAAGCAGAGCAGCAGCAUCACCGUGGAGUUCAACAAUGUGACGGGGGCCACCGGAUACAUCCUGAGGGCCAUGUCCGACGUGGACGACUUCUUUGAGGAGACGGCCGUCGCCAAGUCCCCGGGCACGAUCCAGGGGCUCGAUCCCUUCACCGACUACACGCUCAGUGUCAUGUCCGUCAACGCCGGUGGGCGGAGCCAGCCUUCAUACAACUACGAGCUCAGGACAGUGGUGACGGCUCCGCAGCUGGCCACUAUCUCCGAGACCAACAGCACCAUCUAUGCGAGCUGGCCCCCGGUGGAGCACGCCGCGUUCUACUCCCUCUACAUCUUCCAGACACCGAGCACCAACAAUCUCAUCGCCUUCAUCACCAACCAGACCUCCUUCACCUUCGACGGCCUGAGCCCCGGCACAUAUUACUGCAUCAAGGCCACCGCCUCGGAUCAGUACGGGCGGGCCGGAGACCACAGCCGCACCUGCCAGAUCACACGUCCCCCGACCCCGAAGCCGGUGGAGGUUCUGCUGGCCAUUGGGCAAAUUCGGGUGCCGGCCGUCAGGGUGUACUUUGGGCACUCUAAAGGUGCUGACACCUACUUUGUUGAAUCCAGCACUGGGCAGAACUGCACUCCUCAUCAAAGCUUGAGCCUAAACUACUGCAUCAUAUCCCCGCUGGUGUGCGGUCAGAACCUCUCCGUCAUGGUCACCGCCGCCAACACGGCAGGCCCCAGUGUUCCUUCAGCUGAGGAGGACUUUCAGACAUACCCGUGUCCUCCGGAGCUCAUCUGGGUGGAGGAGCCCUGGCCCGGCAGCUGCAGGGUGGCCUUCAGCCUGUCGCCCAUGGCUGACUUCUACAUGGUGUUCGUGAAGCGCGACGACGGCAUCGAGAUGGGCUGCAACAGCACGGGCGCGCCCUGCCCCUUCACCUGCACCUGCGGCUUCACCUACUUCUCCACCGUGUUUGCCCACAACCCGUCCGGCUCCAGUCCCUGGGGGGCCGUGGCCAACUACACCACCAUUCCUUGCUGUCCAGAGGUCGUUACCGUGCAGCUGGUUUCCACGGAGACGCUGGAGAUAGAGUGGGAGCCGGUGCGAGGGGCGGACCUCUACGAGACGCGGGCGGUGCAGACGGAAGGCGUGAUCCACUGCAACGACACGUCGCCGGUGUGCGCGCUGUCGGACCUGAGCUGCAACACCCAGUACUCAGUGGUGGUCACGCCCUGCAGCGAGCUACGGGGCUGCAACGUCAGCUGCCAGUCGCAGCAGCAGCACGAGACAGCUCCGUGCACCCCGCAGAUCCACAACCUGACCCAGGCCAGCGAGUCCAGCAUCACGGUCCACUACACGACCCCCAACAGGCCCAGCACCAACUACUCUGUCUCGGCGGUGGGACGCAUGGACACGCACCACUGCCACUCGCAGUCCGCUUCCUGUGAGCUCACGCAGCUGCCCUGUGGGGCCGUCUUCGAGGUGGUGGCGGUGGCCAGCAACGCCGUCGGGCCGAGUCUGCCUAGCUUCAGCGUUCCUCUGGAAACAGGACCCUGCUGUCCCUCCAACCUGAGCGUGACGCAGGUGACCCAGGCCAUGUCCAACGUGACGUGGGGCCCCAGCCUCGGCGCACGCUCCUACAUGACGGCCCUGACCGCGCCGCGGGGCCACGCCCAGUGCCACACCAUGAGCACGCACUGCCUGAUGGGAUGCAUCACCUGCGGCACCAACUACAGCGUGAACAUGGAGGCCAUCAGCAGCACGGGGCACGUGUCCAACUGUAGCUACAGCGGAUUCUCAGCCAGCGCCUGCUGCCCCACACACGUCAAGCUCCAUCGGAUGUCCAACCACUCCAUGAGGGUGUCCUGGCGGUCCUCCGCGCCGCCCCACCAGAACUACACGGUGGCCGUGUCCGCCGCGGGCUCCAACCACACGUGCACGCAGGCCCCGUCCAGAAGCUACUGUGACGUGCAGAACGUGACGUGCGGCGACGUGUACACAGUGGUGGUGGCGCCGGUCAACAGCGACGGCAGCGUGGUCAGCUUCUGCCCACAGAGGAUGUAUGCCGGUAAGACAGGGACGGAAAAGUAAAGCAUUGAAGCAUGGUGUAGGCUGGGCUUAAGGAGAUAGGUACAGAUAGUGCUUUAUUUAUCCGGGGGUCGGGCUUAACCAAACCCUAUCCUGUGUGAAAACAGAAGACGAAAUGAAUGAAUGGAUGAUCAUUAACCAAUGGUGUUGUUUUGUCAUGCCUACAGUCUCUUGCUCGGGCAACGUUGGAAUGGGUAAGUGUCCGGACAUUAAGGGGCCAAACUGUUAAUUUUUUAUUUAAAGUAAUCAAUAAAAUCACUAAUUCAGGAUUUUCUUUCUUUCUUUCUUCAGCGAUCUACCGUGGAAGGGUUAGUACAGGUUAAAUGUGGUAAGUUUUAUUUGGUCAUCUUCACUUUUUAGUUUUUUUGCCGCAUCUACUGAAGGGACAGACUAAACAUGUGCAAUAUAACAUGCUGAGACACAUACAUCAAGCUUCUCCCAACGUGCAAUUUGUAAAGAGAACUUAAAAGCUUUAAAAACUUAAAAACUUAAAAAAAGCUUUAAAACUGCUUUAAAACGACCGGUCCAUUGGGAACCUCUUUAGCAUUAAGGGUAUCGUGUGUCCUUAAAUUGACUCUGUAUCUAUAGGAUUCUCUUAACAAAGGUUGAAAGUGUGAGCAGAAGAGGAGGAAAGUUGUUUAGACAAGGACACCUCUCUCUCUGUCCCCUCGGGGACCUCUGGGGGUCAUGUCUUGCUUUCAUAGGAGGUGGAAUAAAACAAUGUGACACAUGUUACAUGCUGCUGUGUAGAAACAUACGUGUGGUCGGCCUGAAUGACUUACCCUGAUGUGUUAACAACGACAAUGCUGUUGUGUUGUUGACGGCCCGCCUUGAAAGACGUUAGAGAUGCUUUUGAUAAAUGCAAGUAGAAGAUUAAGUUAUUUCUUAUUUUAUGUAUUCCUGUGUUAAUUUAUAUAUGUAUGUAUUCAGAAAAAAAUAAAGGGGGUUUCUUUGUGUUUUUUAAAACACAAAGUAGGCUUGAACUCAUUUAAACUCAUGAACCUUGUGUCUCACAAAAUACAGAAGCUCGAUCCAAGAGGUGAAACCAUAACUCGGUAUGCAGGUCAACUUGUCCGGGCUGAUGUCUUCUUUCCUUUCUCUCUUGUCCCU